CUGCUCACCGCACUCGCCCAGAAUGCCGCCCUGCGCCUCGGCUGUGACUGGGCAUUUGUGUCGCUCAUGGACAAUGGCCUACCGCACGUCGUCGCAGAGGCUGGCCAGUCGACCAUGCUGUGCGCGACCACGACACAAGGCUCCUCCUCGCAACAAGCCUUCCUGAACCGCAUACACUCCGAAGUCGUUUUCCAGAGUCCCACACCUUCGACCCAUGACCCAACCAACGACAUCGCCGACCAGUCCCGACACAUUGUCAAAGACUUGCGUCUUCUCACAAAGGGCCGUUCCGCCGCCGAGUUCCCCACCACCUUGGCCUACGCUGCUGUGCCUAUGAGGGCAGCCUCAGGCCGCCUCAUCGGAAUGUUCGCCGUCAUCGAUAGCACUCCACGAAACGAUUUCGCAAACAGCCAAACAUACUCCGUCCUCAGCGACAUUGCUUCGGCCAUCCUGAGCCAUGUCGAAUCUCAGAUAGCCCAGUGCGACAACAACAACCACGACAUGCAAGCAAAGUCGGACCUGUCCACAUUCCUCGAACACAACAGACCCCAGCAUCCAAGACACCUCGACUCGUCGAGAUUACCCCCGACUGUCGUGCGCAGUCUUACCAGCGAUGGCCGCCGCAUCUCGACCUCAGCCACUUCUUCCUCGUCUGAUGCCACUUCUCUUACCCAAUCCCUCGACCAGAUUGUCACUUCAGAUGCUGGUACACCUCUCACCACCCCAGCAGACGACGCUUCCGCAAGUUACUUUGUCAAGCCGCCAUCAAUCCCUGCCUCAAUUUCAUUCUCGACAAACAAGGAUCAUGUAACCCAACCAGAAGAUGCGUCAGCGAAGUCAGGCAGACAUCGUGCUCAAAAAACACUGGCGUCCGCUGCUGGCUUGAUUCGUGCCGCCCAUCAGCUCGAGGGUCUGGUAAUCCUGAGCACCGCCUCUAUCAGCACAGACAACAUUCAUGAUCCUUCCGACAACAGCAUGCUUCAUCCAUCCUCGCUUUGUGACAAACUCGUCACUUCCAUCGUUGCAAACACAAACACUCCGGCACGCAUUGACACUUCAAUGUCUGUCGAGCAUGACUCUCUUCACUAUCUCAUUUCACAAUUUCCUCAAGGAUGUGUCUUGAAGACUGAGGACAAGGGUGUUUCGGCUUUGGUUAGCAUGGGCAUCUCCAGGACUGGGCCCGCUCGGUACGAAGAACUGGUUGAAGCCUCAGCAAUCCCUUCAGACUUGCAGCCCCUGCUUGAAAAGGCUCAGUCACUAGUUUUCAUCCCCUUGUGGGAUUCGGCUCGACAAGCCUUUUAUGCUGGUAUGCUUGGUUGGCCCUCAAAUCCAACGCGCGUCUUCACUGAACACGAUCUACUGUCUAUGUCCAUUUACGGCAGAAUCUUGACUGCAGAGGUCACACGUUUCGAUGCUACCGAGACAGAAGCUACAAAAUCUGAUUUCGUUUCGUCGCUUAGUCAUGAGUUGCGUUCACCAUUGCAUGGGUGCUUGGCCGCUGUUGAAGUUUUGCGAGACACCAAGCUUGACAAGUCACAGACUGAUCUGCUUGGAAUGAUUGAGAGUUGCGCGUCCACACUUCUCUACACCAUGAAUCAUCUUUUGGAUUUCUCCAAAGUCAACCAUCUCGAUCGUGCACAAAGUAUGGGUCGUAGAGGAUCUUCAUUGAGCACAACGACACAGAAUACACCUCGCGAGCGAUUUGGUCAAACAUCCGAGGACUAUCUCUGUCGUGUUGUUCAAGACGUGGUCGAAGGUGUGGCAUAUGGGCAUCACCGAGAGCAAGUAGCCCACCGGAAGGACGUGAACGCCCCGACCCAGGACGCUACCAUGGCUUUCGGGAUUGAGGAUGAAUUGAAGACCACUGAUGAUGUGGCCGUCUUCUUGUUCAUGGAAAGUCAUGCAGCCUGGUUCUCAUUGUUUUCAGCUGGUGCUUGGAAACGAUUGGUGAUGAAUCUGUUUGGCAAUUCGCUCAAGUUCUGCUCGAGCGGCCACAUCGAGGUGACGCUGAAACUUUUACCCGACCCUCAGAAUCCGAAGCGAAGGAUGUCGCAUCUAAUGGUUCGUGACACCGGCAUUGGCAUGAGUGAGGAGUUCAUCAAGCACUCACUAUACCGACCAUUUUCACAGGCCAACUCCCUCACCAUGGGAACCGGACUCGGACUCAGCAUUGUCAAACAAAUUGUUGACGACAUGCAAGGAGUCAUCCAUGUCGAUAGCUCUUUGGGUAUUGGUACGCAAUUCGAUGUGUUUGUCCCUGUGGUCGAACGAGAAUCGAUCCCUGAAGGUCUUACACUGAAUGGUGGUCAAGUACUGGAUCCAGAUGAACUUCUCCGUGGCCUUACCGUCUGCUUGCUGAUACCUCAUCGUGCUACGACCGAGAGCAACUUUUCUUCGCUCGAACGUACUCGUUUGGUACACUCGUAUGUGAGCAGAAUCGCGCAGAACUGGUUCAACAUGAAGGUCGUCUACGCCAAAAUGGAAGAAGAGGUUGAUGCAGAUCUCUAUGUCGCUGAAGCUUUCAACCACGCCUUGGUCAGGAGAAAUCGCACAAUCUUGGUUGGCAACCAGCAUCAGUUGGCACAAAUUAGAAGCCAAUCUCCGCACGACUUUGUCGAGUUGAUGUAUCCGCUUGGGCCACGGGCACUCGUCCGCGCUCUUCACACGGUUAUAAAGAAGCCGAAUGAUCAAGUUUCCCGACUUCCUACUCUUGUCACUACCACAGAUUCGCUGACGCAGGUAUCCGAGAACGUGGCUGCUUCUGCGGAUGUCGCAGCGGUGGAAUGUGAGAAACAGAUCGAACGUCCCAAGUCUUCUGACACAAUAAUUCACAAACAGCCUACCAAGACAGAGCAUCUUCUACUGGUCGACGACAACUCGAUCAACCUCAAACUGCUCUCAACUUUCAUCAAGAAGAUGGGCAUGGAUGCGUGUACAGCAGUUGAUGGAGAAGAUGCACUGUUGACAUACAAAGCAUAUGCUCAACGCCGGCCCUUCACCACCAUUCUGAUGGAUAUCUCAAUGCCAAAGAUGAAUGGCUUUGAGUCCACUCGCGCAAUUCGCGACCAUGAAGUCGAGCACAAGCUACCGCGGUCAAGGGUCAUUGCAUUAACUGCGUUGAGCUCCGAGGCCUCACGCCGUGAGGCCGAAGCAAGUGGACUGGAUGAAUUCUUGGUGAAGCCCGUCUCGCUGAAGACACUGAAAAGUCUCUUCAAUCACGAGUCGUGA